GGACCAGCCGCCGUCCUUCGUCAGUAACCAGGCCAGACGUCCUUUGGUCUUGAUUAGGCAGCAGCCGAUUGUGUCUGUCUCCAGCUCCAGAAGGCCCGCUUGUCUGUCGUCGAGCCCAAGUCUUUCUGUGACUCCUCCCACGGCCGUCUCUGCCACCCAGCCAUCGUCCGAGCCAUCCCGCUCUGCUCUGCUCUGCAACGUCCACACGGCCAACUGUGUAGCCUGCCGGUAUAUCCCACAGCAUGUCCAUAUACAACUUCAAGAAGAUUCAGGUCGUGCCCUCGGGCCCUGAUCUCCUGGACAUUAUCCUGUCCAAGAUUCAGCGAAAGACCCCCACGGUCGUCCACCCCAACUUCCAAAUCUCCCGCAUUCGCUCGUUCUACAUGCGAAAGGUCAAGUUUGCCCAGGACUGCUUCGACGAGAAGCUGAAUGCCAUCUUGACCGAAUUUCCCAAGCUGGAUGAAAUCCACCCCUUCUAUGCCGAUUUGAUGAACGUCCUGUAUGACCGCGACCACUACAAGCUGGCCCUGGGCCAGAUGAACACCGCUCGCCACCUGAUCGACAACGUUGCCAAGGACUACCUGCGCCUCCUGAAGUUCGGUGACUCGCUGUUCCGCUGCAAGCAGCUCAAGCGAGCCGCUCUUGGUCGUAUGGCGACUAUCAUGAAGCGACAAAAGGACAGCUUGGCGUACCUGGAGCAGGUCCGCCAGCAUCUGGCUCGUCUGCCUUCCAUCGACCCCAAUACCCGAACGCUCCUGAUCUGCGGAUAUCCCAACGUUGGAAAGUCGAGCUUCAUGAACAAGCUUACCCGGGCCGAGGUCGAGGUCCAGCCAUACGCCUUCACCACAAAGUCGCUCUUCGUUGGCCACAUGGACUACCGUGACCUCCGAUGGCAGGUCAUCGACACGCCCGGUAUCCUGGAUCAUCCGCUGGAGCAGCGCAACACCAUUGAGAUGCAAAGCGUCACCGCCAUGGCCCACAUCCGCGCCUGCGUCAUGUUCUUCCUGGAUCUGUCGGAACAGUGCGGUUACAGCAUCGCCGAGCAGGUGAGUCUAUACGACGCCAUCAAGCCCCUCUUUGCCAACAAGCCCACGGUGCUCGUCAUCAACAAAAUCGAUGUCAUGAAGCCCGAGAACUUGCCGCCCAAGGAGAAGGCUCUGGUCGAGGGUAUCCUCAAGCGAGACGAGAUCGAGAUGCUGCAGCUCUCGUGCUGGACUGAGGAGGGCGUUAUGGAUGUUCGCAAUCGAGCUUGCGACAUCCUUCUCCAGUCCCGCGUCGAGUCCAAGCUGAAGGGAAGCAAAGUCAGCGGCGUCCUCAACAAGCUGCAUCUGGCCACACCUACGCCUCGCGACGACAGAGAGCGCCCCGCCUUCAUUCCGGACGAGGCCAAGUCCAGAGUCAAGUACGACCGCAACGACCCCAACCGCCGCAAACUUGCCAGAGACAUCGAGGCUGAACAGGGUGGCGCUGGUGUCUAUAAUGUCAACCUCAAGGACAACUACCUCCUCAAGGACGACGAUUGGAAACAGGAUGUUAUUCCCGAGAUCAUGGACGGCAAGAACGUUGCUGACUUUAUCGACCCGGAUAUCGAGGCCAAGCUCGAUGCUCUCGAGCGCGAAGAAGAGCGCCUGAUCGCCGAGGGCUUCUACGAAUCGGAGCCUGAGGAGCUCGACUCUGACGAGGAGGUGAUCCGGGAGGCCGCGGACGUGAUCCGGGAGAAGAAGAAGUACAUUCUGAUCGAGCACCGCGAGAAGAAGGCGCAAGGCAAGAACCGCCCCCAGAUUCCUCAGCAUAAGCUGUCGACAAAGACUCUCGACGACCUCGAGGAGCACCUCAAGGAAACAGGCAUCCAGGCCGACAUGGACUCGAUCCGAUCGCGCAGUGUCGUCCGCAAGCGCGCACGAUCCGAGUCGAGACCUGCAGAUGAAGACCAAACCGUUGUUGCUGCCAAGAAGCGGGCCACCAGCGUCGUGCGUGACCGCAGCACCAUGGGUAUUGCCACCGUCGAGCAGAAAGCCAAGGCUGAUGACAUCAAGAAAAAGUCGCAACGCGAGCGCAACCAGCUGGCCAAGGCCGGCGAGGCCGAUCGCCACAUCGGAACCAAAAUGCCCAAGCAUUUGUUCUCUGGCAAGCGAGGCAUGGGCAGCGCGAGCCACCGAUAAAGCUGCUGCUUUCCUGGAUGUCGCCAGGACACCCAGCUUACUGUAUUGCUGUGCUUC